AUGAUUCUUCUACAACUACUUCUAUCUCUAAGCUUGCUCUCUCGGUCCCUCGCGGCCGUCCUCCCACGACACAGCCAACGCAUCCUCAAACCAUCCGCCGAUGACCUUGCCAAGAUCUUUACUUUCUCCAACGACUUCCCCCUGCCAAACGGUGGCAACCUACAAGUCCACGACCCCAACAUCAUCGAGGAAAAAGACACCCUCUACCUAUUCAAAGGCGGCAUCCACAUCCCCUACUGGAAAGCGUCUAGCAUCUCAGGGCCAUGGACAAAAGUCGGUACUGUAUUGAGCAAAGCCAGCGUGAUCAACAAAAAGAACAACAAUCGGCCCUGGGCUCCAACCGUCACAAAAUACAAAGGGAGAUUCUACUGCUUCUACGCCAUCAGCCAAAGCGGCAGCCAGGAUAGUGCCAUUGGGUAUGCGUCUACCUCCGACCUUGAAAAGGAGUGGAUGGACCACGGCGCACUGGUCAACACCGGCUCCGGAGAACGUUCCCAGAUCGCGCCGUACAAGAAUACGAAUGCCAUUGACCCUGCGUUUCAGGUUGAUCAGAAGAGCGGACAGCCGUAUCUCAUCUACGGGAGUUACUGGGAUGAUAUCUAUAGUCUGCCGUUGGAGGUAGACAAGGACGGCAAGCUGUCUGUCAAGAAUGCGAAUAAACCGGAUGCAACGCACUUGAGCUAUGCGCCUGGGAACUGGAGACCGCAAGAGGGAGCGUACAUGUCGUACCACGAGCCGUACUAUUAUCUCUGGUUCAGUCAAGGGAUCUGUUGCCAGAUGGUUAAUAAUGGGUUUCCGCUCAAAGGGGAGGAAUAUCGUAUCCGAGUCGGUCGGUCGAAGAGCAUAACCGGCCCAUUUGUGGAUAAAUCGGGCAAGAAACUUCUCGAGGGGCAUGGAGAGACGGUUUACGGGUCGAAUAAUGGCAAUGUUUACGCGCCGGGUGGUGUGGGAGUGUUACCUGGCAAUGGCAAGCGAGGCGAUAUCCUCUAUCAUCACUUCUUCAACGGGUCUAUAGGAUUCAAAGACAGUGAUACCCAGCUGGGCUGGCAUUAUCUCGAGUACAAGGAUGGAUGGCCGGUCAUCAAGUGA